UCUUAAUGCGAAUGCGACUCCCAAUGGAUUACACCAAAGUAUUCUUACUGUUCUGCCUCAGUGCGUUGAUGCUGCUCGGUGCUUCGAUUGCAGCCACAGAAGCGGAAACGGAAACAGGAACGGAUCCGGAGCCGAGCCCCGUUCAGCUCUCGGAGGCUGGAGAAACUGCCCAGAGUGAGGCGGGAGAUGAGAACGUUCGCAAGGUUCGUCAGUUCUUUGGCCCGCCACCGCCUCCGCCCUUCUUUGGACCACCCCCACCACCCUACUACGGAGGCUAUGGUGGAUACGGCGGCGGCUUUGGUGGCGGUUUCCAGCGCACUCGCGUCAUAACACGCACCCGCUACCGCGGCCGAGGAGGCUACUACGGCGGCGGCUUCUAUGGCUAAGAGAGAUCGUCCGAGUCGGAUGCUGAUUUUGUGAUUUUGUGAUACUUCAAUAAAUGUUAACGUUAUGCAAACCAAU